AUGAGUAUAGUUGUGAGAAUUUUGUCAUUGGGAUGGGUUACGAUGAUGAUGAUUAUGAGUAUUACUAAUGUGGGAGAUGGUGCAAUUUCUCAGAAUUUGAUUGAAAUGAUUAACAUUAUAAACAACGAGUGUCCUUACUUUGGUAUUGUAAUAAACAGCAAUUUGCUGAGGGACUCUCUUCUCCAAUCUUCAAGUUCUGUCCCUCAUUCCACGAUUCCCUACUUGGAUUUUGCAGGAAGAAGGUUUCAUAUUGAAGUCCAAGUAAAUCAGAAAAUUAUUUCUGUCUUGUCUGGAGUCGGUAUGCUUAAUGCAGGAAUAACAACGCAGUUGCUGAUAAAUAUAUUCAAUAUUGAAGGAGUAAUUCAACUUGGAUUAUCAGGAAGUGCAGAUCCUCAAUUACAAAUAGCAGAUGUUAUUAUCCCUCACUAUUGGGCUCAUUCUGGCGUCUGGUAUUGGCAGAGGCAUGGAGAUGGACCUAGUGAUGAACUUGCAUUUGAAUCCAUUGGAGACUUUACAAGAAAAAUCGGUUACCUUAAUAUCUCCGAAUACGAAACAAAUCCGAAAUAUUCGGACAACCUUCUCAACAACCUGUGGUAUCAACCGGAAGAGAUAUAUUCCGUUGAUGGAGAACCUGAUAAUAGACAGCAGGCAUUUUGGGUUCCUGUUGACGAGUUCUACUUCUCACUUGCUCAGAAACUUGAGGAUUCUUUUUUCCUCCGAAGGUGUGUCAAUUCUACUACGUGUUUACCUCGACCUCCAAAGUUAGUUAGCGCGGAAAGAGGGAUGAGUGCUAAUGUGUUUGUAGACAAUGUUGCCUAUCGAGAUUUCUUGCAUUCUAAGUUCAAUGCAACUCUAUUCGACAUGGAAAGUGCUGCAGUAGCCCUUGUAUGUCUCCAACAAAAGACGCCUUUUAUAGCAAUCAAGGCAAUUUCCGAUUUAGCUGGUGACGCUUCUUCUGUCGAAGGUUCUGUCUUCUCUUCAUUAGCCGUUCAAAAUGCACUCUUUGCUUCGCUUCAAUUCUUGUCUUUGUUACCGGAGCAAGUGCAAACCCUUAACUUGGCUCAGUAA